AUGCUAUUUGGUGGACCCCAUGAAAGCUCUUCAGACGAAGACUUUUCAGAAACAGACACAACAGCAACAACAUCAUCGUCAGCAUCAUAUGUUACAUCGAAAACAACAACGACUGAUUCUUGGCAUGAUGUCAAAAGUGAUACUGAACAGCAAUCAGAAAUAAUAAAACAAUUGGAACAAAUCAAAGAUACUGAUGUAAACGGACCAACAUUAGAUGAGGAAGAUAAAGCUCUUAUUAGAUCGAUUGAUGAUCGAUAUUUCGGUGGUGAUAGCAUGGAGACCGAAUCUAUUACAAUUAUUGAACAUGAAGCUCCUAGUGUUACUAGUGACGACGAUAAAGAGCAACACACAACAAAUGAAUCAGUGAAUCUUCGUGCUAGCGCUAAUUUCGAAUUGACAACGCCAGUAGCAGGAGCAAUCAUUCAAGAAAAUACUGAUAGUUGUAAUGUUAGAUGUUUAUCAUCCAACACAGAUAAAGAACAAAUUCCAACAAAUUCUAUUUUAAUUAAUGACGAACCCACACACAUUCAAAAUCAGACCGUAACAACAUUAACUGAUACAGUUGCAAAUGGAGCAGAUCAUUUCAAUUACAAACGUUUCGAUACACUAUGUCAUCAAAAUAUUCGAAACGAACCAAUAUUAAAUCAACAGUCAACAUCAUUGAGGAGAGAUGGUACAAUUCCAAACGACAAAUCCUCAUCUCAACCACAAAAUAUUGGAUCUGAGACAUUAUUAAACUCGCAACCAACACCAUGGAUCAAUCCCUAUUGGAACACUAAAACUACACAAAAUCUAACAUCGAUAGGGGAUAAAUUCGAACUCACUACUUCAUCCAUUGAUACUGGAGAAAAUUCACUUCCGCAACACCAUGAAUCUGAAUUAACAGUAUCCAACAAACCAGAUGAAUCAUUUUUUCAUUCAAGUUCAAACAAGAGCGAACUAGAAAAUGUAGUGCACCAUGAAGACGAACACAGGUCAUUACUAAGCAACGAUGCCAAAUCCAAUCAACCACAAACUCUAACCACUGGUGCGCUAGAGGAAUCGUCGAAUAAUAAUUCGAAUUCAAACAACAAAAACAAUGCCUUAGAUAUAACAUUACUCAAUAAUCAGCAGGUAGAAGGUUGUGAUAGACCUGCUGGAAACGAUAACCAAACUUCACUACCAGAAUUCUCAAGACGAACUACUCAUCCGACGUCGACUCUCAAUCCAGUCAAUGAACAAUCCAAGACUGCAGCAUCUUCAUUAGCUCGCGAUUCAACCUUGCAAGAUCAAUCACUGAAAGAGAAAGAAGCAGACUCUCUGACAUCUAUACAAACAACAAUAAGAUUCACUGACAAUCCAUCGGUAAACCCAGUAAAAACCCCGAAUAGCAUAUGCUCGAAGCAGGAGGAUAAAAUAUUUGAAAAUCCGUACUGGAAAGAUAGAAGACUUGAUCCAAUCGAUUAUUCAACACCAGAAUUUGCACCAAAGCUUAUCACUCUUUCAGAAGAUAAGAUAUCGUCAGCUGCAACACAAAUCGAAACCGACAAUAAACCAUUCGAAAAUCCAUAUUGGAAAGACAAAACGCUUACUGUGGUUCCAACUACAACACUAGAAGUCCAAAAAAACGAUAAUCCACAUAUUACAGAUACGACAUCAUUAGUUGAACCAUCAACCAAGCAAAAAGUCAUUGCAUUCGAAAAUCCAUCCUGGGAGGACGAAAAUCUUCACAGUAAUAUAUCAAACACACAAGAAACUCCAUCAACAAAUGUAAUAUCUGUCGAAGAGAAGAACACGGCAACUGAAACAUCUACUAAAAAAGAAAGAACAUCAUUCGACAAUCCAAAAUGGAACGACACAAAAACCGAUUCGAUCCUACCGACAAACCCAGAAGUUAAAUCAGAAGUAAAUCUACCUACCACCGUUAUCAGUACUGAAUUCGAUCCAACACCUAAAGCGCAUGACAAGCCAUUCGAAAACCCAUACUGGAACGAUAAUACACCUACUCAGCUACCCGCUGCAACACAAGAAGCUCCACCGAAAGAUAAUUUAUCAAGUAGAAAUACUACACCUGUAACCGAUGCAUCCACGAAGCUGCAAGAAAAGCCAUUCGAAAACCCAUACUGGAAAGACAACAAAUCUGUUGUGCUAUCCUCUGUUACACAAGAAGUUCCACCCAAAGAUAAUUUAUCAGGUAGAAAUGCUACACCUGUAACCGAUGCAUCCGUGAAGCUGCAAGAAAAACCGUUCGAAAACCCAUACUGGAAAGACAACAAAACUGUUGUGGUACCAUCUGUUACACCUGAACUACAACAAACAGCAAAUUUCCCAGGUAGAAAUACUACACCUGUAACCGAUGCAUCCACGAAGCUGCAAGAAAAAUCAUUCGAAAACCCAUACUGGAAAGACAACAAAUCUGUUGUGGUACCCUCUGUUACACAAAAAGUUCCACCCAAAGCUAAUUUCCUAGGUAGAAAUACUACACCUGUAACCGAUGCAUCCCCGAAUCUGCAAGAAAAACCAUUCGAAAACCCAUACUGGAAAGACAACAAAACUGUUGUGGUACCAUCUGUUACACCUGAACUACAACAAACAGCAAAUUUCCCAGGUAGAAAUACUACAUCUGUAACCGAUGCAUCCACGAAGCUGCAAGAAAAAUCAUUCGAAAACCCAUACUGGAAAGACAACAAAUCUGUUGUGGUAUCCUCUGUUACACAAGAAGUUCCACCCAAAGAUAAUUUACCAGGUAGAAAUACUACACCUAUUGCUGAUAUAUCUGGGAAGGUACAAGAAAAAUCGUUCAAAAACCCCUACUGGAAAGAGGACAAAUCUGUUGUGGUACCAUCGGUUACACCUGAAGCUCAGCCAAAGGCUAAUCUAUUGGCUAAAAACACGUCGGCUGUAACCGAUACAUCAGCGAAGACGUUAAACAAACUGUUCGAAAACCCAUACUGGAAGGACAACAAACCUGUUGUGGUACCCUCUGGGACACAAGAAGUUCCACCGCCAGCUAAUUUCCUAGUUACAAAUAUUACACCUGUAACCGAUGCAUCUGUGAAAGUGCUAAACAAACAAUUCGAGAAUCCAUACUGGAAAGACAACAAAUCUGUUGUGGCACCAUCUGUUACACAAAAAGUUCAACCAAAAGCUAAUCUACUAGCUGGAAAUGCUACUGGUGUAACCGAUACAUCGGGGAAGGUGUUAGACAAACCAUUUGAGAGUCCAUAUUGGAAAGAGAAUAAAGCGGAUCUGAUUAAGACUGGUAUGACACAUAAUAGGCGAACUGAAAUUAUUGCCCGUGAAGAAAAGAAACCUUUGCAUAUUACUUGUUGGGCAUUAGAAGAUGAAGUGUUCGAAAUCGUUUGUCCAGAAUCUGAGAUAGAUAUAUCUUUGCUAUCACAAGUUGAAGCAUUUGACAAGCCAUAUUGGAAAAAUACGAAACCUGUUAUUGUCACACUUUCUAAAAGUCAAGAGAGUGCAGCUGAAAAUAGGCGUCGUGAAAAUGACGAACCUACGACGGUGUCAGAUGUGAGAUCAGAAGAGAAGGCACUCAAAAACUCAUUAUGGAAUGAGAAGGAAACUCGAGACUCCCUGGCAUCGAAGUCGGUAGGUAGAUUAUUUGAAAAUAACAAUUGGGAUCAGUGUGCACCUCAAGUAAGAGUAACAGCAUUGUCUAAGCCGCAAACAAUACCGAAAGAAUAUUCAUCUGUACAAGAUAAUAAGUCGCAACAAAUGGAUUCAUCUAAACAAGAUGCUGAAUCAUGGCAGAACCCUUAUUGGCCAUCGGAACCUUCGAAAAUUCGUAGCGGGGAAAACAGUACGUCACAAGUUGUGACAAUAGGGAAAGUACAAGAUACCAAAGACGCUAAACAGACAGACAGAGCGGCUGAAGAUCCGUAUUCGAAAGCUACAAGUAAACGUAAGCAAAAUAGCAAAACUAUCGAGCUGCUGAGUGCGUGGGUAUUUGACAAUACAUCACCUGCUGAUCAUACAGUUCCACCAAUUCCACCAUUUUAUAAACGAGUGUUUCCCCCGGAAACACCACCAGCUUCAGUACGAUCUGUAGUGACAAUUACGGAUAAGAAAUUACAGACUUCUAAACCAUCGACUCAAUACUCAUCAUCAAAUGUAUUUUAUGAUAGUGGCAGUGAUAUGUCAACUUUCACAUUCGAUCAAGAAAAAAUAGCACAUCAUCAUACAUUGUUACCAUCUACCAAUGUUAGCAAAAAUACCAUAGAUUCCUUCGUUCCUUCUUCGUUAACUAAUAAAAACCCAGUACUAGUGAACGGUAAAAAUGAUGCUACUGUUGCACACCAAAUGAAUACGAUGUCAUCCGAUUUAUUGAGAAAUAAAACUGCCCUACUACUUCCAGUAGACAAUACAGUGCCUUCUACAGCUGCAACAACGUCAAGUAACAUAGAAUGGUUCAAAUUUCCACCAGAUUCUCGCAUGGGCCAUGAAUCUUCAAUAAAUGACCUUACUCCUGAAGAAAUACUUGAAGUUCAAAAUGUUCUUCGCUUGCUAGAGACGAAUCCGAACGCUAUACCUACCAUACAAAAACCUUAUAAAGUCCAAAAUUUUCAUGCAAAUAAUGUAGAAGCACCUGAUUUGCAAUUCAGUAAUUUAUCUACUAAUAACAAUGUCAAUCAAUUGACACAAAAAUUACUACCACCAUCAUCAACCCAUAUACAAAAUUAUCGAUGA